CAUCUACAUGGCUGUGGGGUCUCCCUACCUGAUAGCUACAGAUACAUUCACCCCAGCCUGGGUAUUAGUGGAGGGCAGACCUCUCUCCAACACAGUGUUUGUCAAGGUCUUUGUCGGUUCAGAAACACAUAUUGUCUGGGCAGUUGACAAUAAAAGCAACAUCUAUGUUCGAUCGGGAAUAUUCCAUGACUUCCAACUGGGGACUGACUGGGUGUUGGUGUCCGGAGUUAAAGCUUCUCAUCUUUCCAUUAGUGGUUCGUCAGUCUGGGCUCUAUCUACCAGCGGAGGUGUGUUCUGUCGGGCUGGUAUCUCUGAGAACAACUACAUUGGCAAUUACUGGUACCAGGUGCCGGGGGCCCUGGGUCUAUUGACAGCCUCAGUCAGUGAAGGGUUGUGGGGUGUCCUAGACAAAGGUGGCAGUCUGGCCGUCUACCAGCAGCAUAAGGUCUCCCUGACUGAAGAGGCCAGGUCGGCAGCAAGCACAGACAAAGACGACGACUGGGAGGUGAUAUAGGGGCUGCCUCUCUACACUAGUGAUUGUUUGAUAGCAACGAAAGUGAAACGAUUGCCUGAUUCUUAGAAUUCGAUGACCACAGACAAAUACACUUGGUGCAAUAGAGAGUUGACUCUCUACCCAAACUAGUGAGCUCAGUAAAAUGUUGUCGUAACUGUUUAACAUGGUAAUUAAUGGUUAGGACUAUGAAUCAAUUUUUUUGAUUUUCAAAUAGUGAUGUAUCAUUAAAUUUGAUUUCAGUUUAUUGUUAACUUUUUGUUAAAUUUAUGUUAGUUUGGCAUAUUUUUACCAAGUUUAAACAUUUUUCCCAUAAACAAAUCAAAUAGGGAGUAAUUCAAAAUUUGAUACCGAAUAUGUAAUGUUACCUUAGUUUCAAAUACUGUAAUACUUAUCUGAUAAAUACUUACAGUCGGGACCACGUAAGUUUGCAGUUGAGGGAGGAGCCUAUUUGCCAUAUGGUUUUGAAUGAACCAAUGAGAACCGUGCGGCGGUGUUGCCAAAUCUAAUAAUACCAGCUGAUUUGAAAAUAUUGCUUAUUAUAUUUUAAUUAGUGUUGUCAACAGGCGAUGUGGCAACGUCGCACUAGCCUUGUCUUGUGAUUGGCUGCCACCAACUGCAAACUUACGUGGUCCCGACUUUACUUAUUGGGAUGAGAUGUUUCAUAACAUCAUGAACUAAGUUCUGAAUUAAUUAUGGUAUAUACAAAGGCUGUCCAGGAAGUAGAUAACGUUUAGAAAUUCCUUAAGAAUAAACAAAGUAUAAGGCAGUUUUAAUGCAUACUAGCAGCAUGGGUCCCUUCGUGACUUCAAAGUCGUGAUAUUUUUAUUAAUUUACAAAGUUCUACUGCUCUGAGUUAAGUUGAAAAUUAUCUAUUUUUUACGUGAUAAUCAUUAACUUACUGUCUUGUAAUUGUUUUUAAGC